AUGCCUGUAUCCAAGCACAUCGUUCCCGCACAGAAGCAAUGGGUCGUUCGAGUGCAACAGCGAAUGACGACAACCAUAAAGAUGCUGGGGAACAUGAAGUCCAUCAAAAUGCUUGGGCUGACUGGGACUUUUAAUACAAUUGUUUCCAAUCUACGAGAAGUAGAGUUGAAGACAUCGGAGGUCUUUCGAAAGCUCUUGAUAUGCACUAUCACACUUUCAAAUUUACCGGCGGACUUUGCUCCCUACGCGACAUUUCUGGUUUAUGCGAUUAUCUCCUUGAAGACUCAAAGCAGCUCGCUACUCGCCGAAAAAGCUUUCACGUCAUUAUCGCUGAUUUCGAUCCUGACGAGCCAUCUACUAAAGUUCAUCCAGUCGUUGCCGCAGUUUACACAAUGUUUGGGGUGUCUGAUGAGAAUCGAGAAUUAUCUUUCCGAAACUGAUCAGAACCCAGAAAAAGUGGAAGGUCGGGCAAGCGAAAGUUCGGUGCGCCAACUAGUGUCACCAGAAGCACACAAUCUCUCCGCGGUACAUACGAAAGCUCGACCUGACGAUGGAGUUCUCCUGUCAAUGGAAGGAGUUGACAUUUCCUGGUCGCUGAGCUCUGACCCAAUCUUCCAGGAUCUCAACCUGACCAUUAACAAGGGAAUCACUGCUAUAGUUGGCCCAUCCAGCUCCGGUAAGUCCACACUGAUUUGUAGCAUCAUGGGUGAUGCUGCGGUUAUUAAUGGCACUCCUCUUGUGCCACUUGGCCCUGUAGGAUACUGUGCGCAAACGCCAUGGAUUCUCAGUGACACUAUCAGACACAAUAUUAUUGGUGUAAAUGGCCACUUUGACAAAAACUGGUAUACAUUCUGUCUUUCGUUGGCUGCCCUCACGUCUGACCUCGAAGCCUUUCCUGCGGGCGAUUUGCAUCGGGCAGGUAUUAAUGGGAGCUCCUUGAGUGGAGGGCAGAAGAAGCGAGUCGCCCUUGCUCGAGCUCUUUAUUCCAAGUCAUCGCUUCUUAUCCUUGAUGAUGUCUGGAGUGGCUUGGAUUCAGAAAAUGCAAGACUUGUUGAAGAGAACAUUUUUGGAGACAACGGCUAUUGUCGAAAAGCAGGGCUUUCUGUCAUAAUCACUGCUCAUGAGGUGCCUCCAUUUGUCGAUCAUGUGGUCGUUCUUCAGGAAGGGUCAAUAGCUGAUUCUGGAUCCUACGAGGAUGUGAUAACGCGAGUGCCAGCAAUCACCCGCUGGAUGAAUUUAGAAAAAACUGAAAUCAUGGAGCACAUCGGCGAUAAGCCUGAGGUAGCCACUGAUGACAUUCUAGUCAUAGCUGGGGCCAGGCCGAAACAACCAACGCCUUCGUAUCCAACAUUGGACCCAGAACAAGAUGAUUCCAAGUCUGAUGGCAGCUGGAGCACGUCCCUGUACUAUAUCAACCAAGCUGGUAGAUGGAAAAUUACGUGUUUUCUAUUUUACUGUCUAAGCAGUGCCGUGUUUGCUAAUAUCGUCACUAUUUGGAUCCAGCGCUGGUCUGAGGCAAACGCCAAACGGCCAAAUUCAGACCCCGGGCUGUAUCUUGGAGUUUACACUGUUUUCGUUUUCUUGAAUAUAGGGUUCUACGUCGCCAGUUGCUAUGCACUCAUCAUCGGGAUCAUAAACAAUACAGCUUACUCAUUGCACUCGGAUCUCUUAAAAACCACUCUGAAUGCCCCGUGGAGUUUCUUCUCGUCCACUGAUAGUGGCACGAUAAUGAAUCGAUUCAACCAGGACAUGGACCUCAUUGAUAUGAAGCUUCCAAUGUUUGCGAUUGGCUUUGCUGGAGUCAAGGCGAUACUUCUUUGUGUGGUCGGCAAAUACUUCGCUAUCACAAUGCCUUUUCUUUUACUCGUCAUUUGGUUCAUCCAGCGGUACUAUCUCAGGACAUCAAGGCAAGUCCGACUUCUCGAUAUAGAAGCAAAAUCACCACUAUACACACAUUUUUGCGAAACGAUCGCAGGAAUUUCUACAAUCAAGGCAUAUAGGUGGCAGGGCCAAUUCCAGAAGACAUGUGAUGAACAUAUAAAUACUUCACAACGACCAUAUUACACGCUUUUGUCCAUUCAGGAGUGGCUGGCAUUUGUUCUCGAUCUCGUGGUGGCUGUGAUGGCUGUGGUGCUUGUCUGCAUCGCCACAUUUUUUGAAGACAAGUUCAGUCCUGCGGAAAUAGGUGUUGGCUUGAAUCUGGUUCUCACUUUCAAUGACGCCUUAGCACAGGCAAUAUCCUCAUGGACGCAACUUGAGACCUCCAUGGGUGCAGUCAAACGCGUGCAAAGAUUUCAAGAUACAACCCCCUCUGAACACCGUCCUUGGGUGGCGACCUCGGCUCUUCAUAACUGGCCCAGUCAAGGACGUAUUGUCUUUGAUCAAGUUACUGCUUUUUAUCGUUCGAAUGAGCCUCCAGCGCUCGCGAAUAUUAACCUCACAAUCAAAUCAAAAGAAAAGAUUGCAAUCUGCGGUUCAUCGGGAAGCGGCAAGACAUCGCUGGUUUUGGCACUGCUUCAAAUGAUAGAUGUUCGAUCAGGGAGUGUCUCUGUCGAUGGCCGCGACUUGUCGGGCUUACAGCCUAGUGAUGUCCGCUCGAGAAUCAAUGUCAUCCCACAAGAUCCAUUCUUUUUCCCGGGGACCGUGAGAUUCAACCUCAAUCCUACCGUGACUGCGAGAGAAAGUUUGAUCGAGUCUGCGCUGCAAAAGGUUGGCCUUUGGGAAAAGAUUUCCCACAAUGGCGGGCUGGAUGCCGAUCUCCAGCCCGCGAACUGUCCGAUUGUCAUUCUUGAUGAAGCGACUAGUUCUGUUGAUACAGAGACUGAAAGAAUGAUGCAGAAAGUGAUAGAUGAGGAGUUUGUCGACCGUACUAUCAUUGCGAUUGUACAUCGGUUUGCCUAUAUUGAUCGUUUCGAACGUGUUGCUGUUCUUCAAGCAGGCAAAGUCGUUGAAUGCGAUACCCCGAAAGCUCUACUCGCCAGGGAUUCAAGCUUCUCAGACUCCGCUCUGCAGCCCUCUCAUAUCGCUACAGCGGAUGAAGAAUGGCUGAUCGACCUUUGCCGCAAGGCGGAAAAGGAGGGCGGGAUGAUCUGGGGUGAAAAGUACGGCGACGAAGUCAUCAAGAUUUCCGACCACAUCGCAGUGAAGUACGGUGGCGUGUAA